AUGGUGCUCCCAGCGCGCGUGUCGCACGAAGAUCCUUUCGCCUCUUUCUCAUUGUUCUGUCUCCUGCUUCCCAUUCCCUCCAUCCCCAUCGUCUCAUUUUCCCUACUCUCCCUGCCCCUCCCACCCUCCCACCCCUUCCCUUCCUUGCCUCCCCCUCCCACCCCCCGCCAACCCCCCCCCCCCCCUCCCCCCCCUCCCUCCCCCUCCCGCUCCUUUUCCCCAAUCUUCCUUCUUUCCCCCGUCCCGAACGCGCGUCCGCGUAUCGCCAGGUAUGACUUGGGUCGGCAGGCGGCCAACACAAAGCUCAGCAGCCACAAGACUGUGCGCCGGAUCCGCGUGCGCGGCGGGAACUACAAGUUCCGCGCGCUGCGCCUGGACACGGGCAACUACGCGUGGGGCAGCGAGUCGGUGACGCGCAAGACGCGCAUCCUGGACGUGGCGUACAACGCGAGCAACAACGAGCUGGUGCGCACGCAGACGCUCGUGAAGAACGCCAUCAUCCAGGUCGACGCCGCGCCGUUCCGCCAGUGGUACCAGCAGCACUACGGCGUGGACCUCGGCAAGAAGAAGUCCAAGGCCGGCAAGAAGGAGGGCGAGGAAGAGAAGGCGGAGGGCGAGGCGGGAGAGGAGGUGAAGAAGGUGAGUGCGCACGUGAAGCGCAAGCACGAGCAGCGCCUGGCGUCGCACAAGCUCGACCCGCACCUCGAGGACCAGUUCGCCGCCGGCCGCCUCUACGCCUGCAUCGCUUCCCGCCCCGGCCAGUGCGGCCGCUGCGACGGGUACAUCCUGGAGGGCAAGGAGCUGGAGUUCUACGUGAAGAAGAUGCAGAAGAAGAAGGGCAAGUCCGCCGCCUAG